AUGAACGGUGAUGAUUUGUCUCAACAGCGUUCAGAGUUUAUCUACAAGGCUAAACUUGCAGAGCAAGCCGAAAGAUACGAUGAAAUGGCUGAGGCUAUGAUUGGCCUAGUCGAUUCGUGUAUCAAAGAUUCUAAGGAUGAGUUGACCGUUGAAGAGCGCAAUCUCCUUUCCGUUGCCUACAAAAAUGCCGUUGGCUCAAGAAGGGCCUCUUGGCGUAUUGUAAACUCGGUAGAACAGAAGGAGACCAGCAAAGGAAACAUGGCCCAUAAAGCUCUUGCUGAGGCUUACAGAUCCAAGAUUGAGAUUGAACUUAAUGAAAUUUGUCAAAGUAUUCUGAAGUUGCUGACCGACAAGCUAAUUCCUAAUACUACGGAAUGCGAAAGCCAAGUGUUUUAUCACAAGAUGAAGGGAGACUACUACCGUUAUAUUAGCGAGUUCUCUAGCGACCAGGGGAGACAGGAAGCUUCCGCCUUUUCCAAGGAAUCAUACCAAAAGGCAACUGAAAUUGCGGAAUCCCAACUUAAACCCACCCAUCCCAUUAGGCUUGGAUUGGCUCUCAACUAUUCGGUGUUUUUCUACGAGAUUUUGAACAAACCACAUCAAGCUUGUGAGAUGGCCAAGAGAGCCUUCGACGAUGCCAUUACUGAAUUUGAUUCGGUUUCUGAGGAUAGUUACAAAGAUUCGACUUUAAUCAUGCAGCUGUUGCGUGAUAACUUGACUCUCUGGGCUUCUGACAUCCAGGGGGAUGCGCAAGAUAACAAAGGAGACGAGACCGCAGCUUGA